AUGAAAUUCUCAACAGCAGCCGCCGUGGCCUGUGCUUCCACAGCACUUGCCGUUAAACCACGCCAGACGCAAGGUUGCUCUUCUGCCGUCACUCUAGACGCGUCGACCAAUGUCUUCGCCAAAUACAAGCUUCAUGCCAACAGCUUCUACCGUGACGAGGUCAACAAAGCCGCUGCGGCCAUCACCGAUUCGGCCCUGGCUGCUAAGGCCAAGAGCGUUGCUGAUGUGGGCACCUUUCUAUGGAUCGACACCAUUGCAAACAUUGCAAAGGUCGAGCCCGCGAUUGCCGAUACACCCUGCAGCGACAUCCUGGGUCUGGUGAUCUACGACCUCCCCGGGCGCGACUGCGCGGCCAAGGCGUCCAACGGCGAGCUUGCCGUCGGCGAGCUGUCCAAGUACAAGAGCCAGUACAUCGACCCGAUCGUGAAGAUCCUGAAGGCGCACUCGAACACAGCCUUCGCCCUCGUCAUCGAGCCGGACUCGCUGCCCAACCUGGUCACCAACUCGGACUUGACGACCUGCCAGCAGUCGGCGCAGGGCUACCGCGACGGCGUCGCCUACGCCAUCCAGCAGCUCAACCUGCCCAACGUCGUCAUGUACAUCGACGCCGGCCACGGCGGGUGGCUCGGCUGGAACGACAACCUCAGCCCAGGCGCCAAGGAGCUCGCCAACGCCUACAAGGCCGGCGGCAGCCCCAAGCAGUUCCGAGGUUUCGCCACCAACGUGGCCGGGUGGAACUCCUGGGACCAAUCCCCCGGUGAAUUCGCCAACGCCUCUGAUGCCCAGUAUAACAAGUGCCAGAACGAGAAGAUCUACGUUGACACGUUUGCGCCUCUGCUCAAGCAGAACGGUAUGCCAAACCAUGCUAUCGUCGAUACUGGCCGUAACGCCGUCACGGGCCUCCGUCUUGAGUGGGGUGACUGGUGCAACGUCAACGGCGCUGGUUUCGGCGUGCGACCUACGGGCACCACUGGCGACGAGCUUGCGGACGCGUUUGUGUGGGUCAAACCCGGUGGCGAGUCGGACGGAACGAGCGACACUAGCGCGACACGGUACGACAGCUUCUGUGGAAAAGCAGAUGCCUACAAGCCUUCUCCUGAGGCUGGAACGUGGAACCAGGCCUAG